AUGGCCAGUCCGUCCUCUGAUCGAAUGUUGUCUACAAACCAAUAUCUCAUGUCAGAGUACCCAAGAACGGGUUCUGCCAUCAAACAGGUCAGGCAGCGACCGGACCUUUUCGCACGACAGUCCAUUAAACGAGUCAAUGCCGAAUCGACUUCGACUCUGGAGAAGCCUAACCCCUGGGUGCAGGAGAUGCGACGGGAAAAGACUUCGAGAUACAACGAGUACGGGUAUCUGCGAUAUCACCUCAGCAGAACGGAGUUGGAGUGCUUUUCGAACUGGAAGAACGACUUUAUGAGGCUGUUCGAGUAUGCGGCUCGCCCCUCCUCUUACAAGGUGCCUCAGAGGCUGAACUGGAUCAUGGACCGGCAACAUGUUGAACAUGUGAUUGAAAAUUGGGCAUCGCUGCCUAUUUCGAAUGAGAUCAAUUCCGAAGCUUGGCAAUCUCUCAUGUUUUCCGCGUUAUGGUCUUGCCCGGAUCGAGCAUUGGCUCUCCUUCAGAUCAGUACUGAGGACUUCACCCCGCCAGGCUAUGCCCUCAAAGAUGCUAUUCACUUUCUUGCAAAGUGGCAAGCCCAGCACUUGGUUCGCGAUGCACUUUCGACUCAUACUGAGUAUUUGUGUCAGUUCACCGUUGCCAUCAUCGACAAGACGCCUCAAAACCAUCUUCGUCUACCGCAAAACACCGUAUACAAUCUGAUCCGCACCGCAAGCGUCGAGAGUGUCGAAGCUCUUUACCACUGCCUGAAGAGAAACGGUCACCAACUGCACCGCAACACUCUCUUGCAGAUGGCUACCCGACUUGCAAAGAUUCCGCAAAACAAGGAGCUCGCUCUGCAUAUGGCCAUUGAAGCUAUUGAAGAUGGACGCGCCGAUCUCAACUCGCAUCAGUGGUCAAGCCUCUGCACCUCCAUUCUUGGCCUUGAGCCUGAUAAAAUGAAACCAAGCGACGAAUUCUCCGUCGCAGACGCGUUCAGCGUUCUCCUGGAGCAUGGGUUUGUCCCCAACAUGGUCAACUACACAGCAGUAAUCAGAAGCUUGUCCUUGACGGGUCAACCCGAGAAGGCUUGGGAGGUUUUCGAUGUCAUGCAACGGCACGACAUCAGGCCGGAUUCAAUCUUGUGGUCUACCCUCCUCGAUGGGGCAAAAAGGUCUCUCUCAGCAUCCAGAAUCGAAGGUAUUGUCGAAGGUGCUGCCGAGGACAACGCAAUCGAUGUGAUCUUUCUCAACGACCUGCUGUUUUCUCUCCUUCACUUCUGCGAGGCGGAAACGAAGGACAACAAGAAAGCAGGGCCUGGCUCUGUCCCAGCCUUUGGGUCAAUGCUGCACUUCUACUCCAACAUUUUCCACUUGGCGCCUUUGCAGUCGCUCAUCCCAGUUGACCUCUCUCGUUAUCUCGAUUCCUCUCGGAGUCUGGAGAUGCCCGCAGACUGGCAACUGGCCCGACAAUUGUUCCCUGCACUGGACAGAGCCAUGUCCGCAGUCCCGGGCAAGCUGAGCCCGACGGGUGCUACCCUGGGCAUCAUGUUCGUCGCCUACGUGAAGAGUCUAUCACAGCCGAUCAAUCUGAUCUCGCUGUACGCCUACUUCAGACAACACGUUUCCAACGGGAGUCCCCUCGUGACGCACUUUGUCCGGGAAAAAGGCACUUUUGUGUACGACGCCAUCAUCAAAGCACUCUGUGAGUCUCCGGGCAUGCUCCGCGCGGCCCUGGACAUCAUUGGCGACAUGCUCAAGCACACGCUCGAGGAACGGAGCAAGUUGGCCAGCCCCGCGGAGAAUUCAACGGUCGCGGCCACCUCAUCGCCGCCGCCGCCGCUCCACCCGCCUCCCAGUGUCUACACCUGGAGCAUCCUGCUGAACGGGUUUAUUUCCCACAAAGAAAAAGACCCCGGAGAGCGUAUUCUUGCCAUGAUGCGCCAGCACAACGUGGAGCCGAACAUCGUCACGUGGAACACCUUGAUCGCGGGCCACGCCAAGAACCAGGAUGUCAACAAGACUGUUCACUCACUGCAGCGCCUUGAAGCGGCAGGGUACGAGGCGGACGACUACACGUUGAGGGCGUUCGCCAAGUUGGUGAACAGGGAAGCCGCUUUGAGGAAAAUGGAGCAGACUAUUGAGAGGAGGAAGAGGAAUGCGGAGGCCAGGAUAAAGCUUUUGCCUGAUGCUAAUGCUGAUGCUGGACAUCAGCUGUGA